CAGGGUAUUGUGUUGAUUGGGCCCUCCGCAAUUCUAAUGGGGCAAAAGCUCGCACCAGCCUAUUCGACCUUUCUGAGAUAUUACGGUAUCCCCACGCUUUCCGCUGUGCACAGUGCACCUGCUGCAUGCGAGCUCGUUAGCGCGGUCACUCCCACGCAGCCACGCUUGGCCGAGAACGGGUCCAAUUGACGAACGGCCGCUGCGACGUCCACUGUCUGGUCGCGAAGACACGACAUGACCACACCAGACGAGAAGACGUUGCUCUCCGCGCAUCAUCUGGAAUCUUUGCCGGCACCAUAGAUAGUGCUUCAACUCAGUAUCAGCCUGCACAUUUCUUCCGCGCAUCGAUUCCUCCUCUGGCCUCUUCCAACCCCGCCACUCGACCGAAUACUGCAAACCGACCUGAGACAAAGACUAGGACGCAGAGACACAGCACCAUGCCCAGGCAGUCGCGCUCAGGCAGCUCUCGUCAAUCAGCCAACCGGCACCGAUCUACGCUGUCUCUGCAGAAGACCGAAAUUAUAAUCAAUGUGUACGAUUUGCUUCCGGCUGGCCGUCUGUCGUCCGUGCUUUGGACUGUCGGGGCAUCCCUCCUUCACUCGGGCGUCGUGAUCAAUGGCAAAGAGUAUGCCUUUGGUGGCCAUGAUCAUCCUGGCGUCACAGGCGUGUAUUGGACGAAACCAAAAACAGAGCCACCGGGCGGAACAUUCAAGUGCGAGCUGCUUCACGGCUUCACCUUGGCGUCGGACGAGGAAAUCGAGGCAGCGAUCCGAACUGCGUCGGAAGAAUUCCAAGGCACCUCCUACAACUUGCUCACGAAGAACUGCAACCACUUCACGUCUUAUCUUGUCAACAAGCUCACAGGAACACCCGGGCCCGGAUGGUUGAACCGCGCAGCAUCUAUCGGCGUAGCGUUCCCCUGCGUGGUCCCCAGAGAGUGGAUAGAUCCACCCGAGUAUGAUACGGCUGACGGGGAACUACUCAGAGAUGAAGACGAGAGUAGUAGGAUGCUCAGAAACUCUGAUGAAAUGCCCCAGCUGGUCAGAAAUAGCGGGCAGCAGGGAGACGAUCGGUGGGAAAGUGACGAAGAAGCAGCAGGCGGCAGAAGAAUCUCAAGGGACACGUCUGGGAGGAUGCUGCCGGCGUCUGAACGAGCUCCUGCAAGAUAAGUACCAAUAUGGGAUUCGGCAUUGUGUGAUGUUGAGGGCGUUUUUUUUUUUCCUUUUUUGGAGGGGACUUGCGAGUCAAGCGUUUCCGCAGGCGUUGGGACCAUAGCGAUUUUCUCCCACGGGAGG